AUGAACACGUCUAACGUUGCAAAUUCCACCAUCUGGACGGAAUACCGUACCAGCUUGACCAUCUGGUUUGCCUUCAUGCUGACCGCCGGGAUAAUCGGUGCAAUUUUAAACUUUCUCUUAAUCGUAGCGAUCAUGAGCAAACCUCGUCUCCGUAGCGGAUCCGGCAUGCUGAUUCUAAAUUCCCUGGUCAUCAAUUUCAUCCUCUGUGCGGUGGAGAUGCCGAUGAUGGCCGCAUCCGCAUACUUCGGAGAAAGUACACCCUUUAAACCGACGCAUUAUUGCCGGUAUCUGAUCUUGUUUUACUACUACCACGUCUACGCCGCCAACUGGGCGCAACUUCUCAUCGGCGUUAACCGCUUCAUAGCCGUUCUUUUCCCACACAUUUAUGCUACAUGGACAAAACCACCGAUGACCUUUGCCAUGAUUGUCUUGCCCCAUUUAAUCCCUUUUGUCUGCACGACGGUAAUGUUUUUCGACGUCGGCGCGCAUAUUCAGGUCAUGCGCCCGUGGGGCGCGUGCGGGCUGCAACCCACCCCAGGCAGCAGCGUAUACACAUCGGUUAUCUGGGUAUGCGUAGCCAUUCCGAUUGUUAUUGUGUUUGUACUGUAUUCCAUCAUCUUCUUGAUGGUGUGGACCAAAUCUAUGGUGCACAGUCGGCAAGUUACGGAUGUGAAUGCCGCUGGCCAGCCGACGUUCCGCAAGCGCUAUAGAACGGUUAAGGUGCUGUUCUGGACGGCAAUGUUUUAUGCGGUGGCAUUGAUCCCGGCGCCCAUAGGAUCGAGUUUCUUUGCGGCGCAAUUCAAUUCUAUGCCGUUUAUGCAGCUGUUUCUCCGGGCGCUGUUGCUGUUCUGCUAUGCGACAACACCGUUGAUUUACUUGGCCAAAACGGCCGAUUACCGCCGAUGUGUAGUCAAACUCGCCAUGAUCGUCCUGCCUUGCGUCACGUCCCGACAAAGUGUCACCCCCGCAUCCAUCAGCCUCAAUGCCAAAGUGCGCUCGCGGACCGGUAUUACGCGAGGAGAUGGGCAUCCCGUGUCAGAGCUGAAUGAAUAA